AUGGCCACCAAGGUUGGAAUCAACGGCUUCGGUCGUAUCGGACGUAUUGUCUUCCGUAACGCCGUCUCUCGCGACGAUGUUGAGGUUGUUGCCGUCAACGACCCCUUCAUCGAGACCCACUAUGCUGCCUACAUGCUCAAGUACGACAGCACCCACGGCAAGUUCCAGGGUACCGUCGAGACCUAUGACCAGGGCCUCAUCGUCAACGGCAAGAAGGUUCAGUUCUUCGCCGAGCGUGACCCCGCUGCCAUCCCCUGGGGCAAGGCCGGCGCUGCCUACAUCGUCGAGUCCACCGGUGUUUUCACCACCAACGAGAAGGCCGCCGCUCACUUGAAGGGUGGUGCCAAGAAGGUUGUCAUCUCCGCUCCUUCCGCCGACGCCCCCAUGUUCGUCAUGGGUGUCAACCACGAGAGCUACAAGACCGACGUCAACGUCCUCUCCAACGCCUCUUGCACCACCAACUGCCUGGCUCCCCUCGCCAAGGUCAUCAACGACCAGUUCGGUAUCGUUGAGGGUCUCAUGACCACCGUCCACUCCUACACCGCCACCCAGAAGGUUGUCGACGCUCCCUCCGCCAAGGACUGGAGAGGUGGCCGUACCGCCGCUCAGAACAUCAUCCCCAGCUCCACUGGUGCUGCCAAGGCUGUCGGCAAGGUUAUCCCCUCCCUCAACGGCAAGCUCACCGGUAUGGCCAUGCGUGUGCCUACCUCCAACGUCUCCGUUGUCGACCUGACCUGCCGUACCGAGAAGUCCGUCACCUACGAGGACAUCAAGAAGGCCAUCAAGGCUGCCUCCGAGGGCGAGCUCAAGGGCAUUCUCGGAUACACCGAGGACGACAUCGUCUCUUCCGACCUGAACGGUGAUGACCGCUCCUCCAUCUUCGAUGCCAAGGCCGGUAUCGCCCUCAACGACCACUUCAUCAAGCUGGUCUCGUGGUACGACAACGAGUGGGGUUACUCCCGCCGUGUCGUUGACCUCAUCACCUACAUCUCCAAGGUCGAUGGCCAGUAG